AGGAUCUUAGGGCAAUCAGACGAGCUCUACCUAAUACAAACCAGGAACAAAGGAGAAUUUAGUCAAGAGGAGCAUGGUAGCCACGUUGCUGGGGUUGCAGUAUCCCUAGAAUGGGAGAGAGUAGAGAUGUGGACCUCGAAGAGGCUAAGUGACCUUAAAAAUUCUGCAGGAAUCUCAGGAUCGGAUUUCUUGGUUAGAAAAAAAAGAUGAAGCCCCCACUGGCUGCUCUGAAAAGUCAUCUUUGCAUUGUUCCCGGUGCUGCUCAGCACUCCCUGCAGCCGCCUUCGCUGCCCUCUUCCUUCUCCUCCUUUGCAAAGGAAUCCGGCAGCUCUCUCGCCAGAGUCCUCAAACUUGAUUCGUCUUGCCCUCGCUGCAGUGGGUCACCUGCAUGUCCCACCAUGUCAGACGCGGCCGUGGACACCAGCUCCGAGAUCACCACCAAGGACUUGAAGGAGAAGAAGGAAGUUGUGGAGGAGGCAGAGAAUGGAAGAGAUGCACCUGCCAAUGGCAAUGCUAAUGAGGAAAAUGGGGAGCAGGAGGCCGACAAUGAGGUAGAUGAAGAAAAGGAAGAAGGUGGGGAGGAAGAGGAGGAGGAGGAAGAAGGUGACGGCGAGAAAGAGGAUGGAGAUGAAGAUGAGGAAGCUGAGGCUCCUAUGGGCAAGCGGGCAGCUGAAGAUGAGGAUAAUGAUGAUGCUGACACCAAGAAGCAGAAGACUGACGAGGAUGACUGGACAGCAAAGGACAAGCUAAACUAAGGCCGCCAGGACCUAUUCACCCUACACUUCCCGUCUCAGAAUAUAAACGUGGUCACCUUCGAGUAGAGGAGCAGGCCCCGCCCCCCACAGCGGGCAGUGCCACCCACAGAUGACAUGUGCUCUUCAUCAACCCACCAAAACCACAACAUGAAUUUGCAACACGGGAG